AUGAAAUAUCUGAUAUAUUCAUAUGAUGAACUUAUAUUAAUGAAUAAGAAUGUUAAAACUAUAAAACAUAUUUAUUUAUGUCGAAAUAAUUUAUCAUUUAAUGGUGAAAAUUUAUCAGGAAAUUAUUUAAAUGAAUCAGUUUUAACUGAAACAAUAUUUUUGUCAACAACAUAUUAUUAUCUUAAUCUUGCUAAUUAUUAUAUAACAUUAAUUCGAUUAGAAAAUAUUGAAAAUUUUUUUCCAUUAAACAUAUUAAAAAAUAAUUUAAAUGAAUUUUAUUCAUUAACAAUAUUAGAUUUAAAUAACGUUUAA